ACCAAUAAAAGGUCUUUAAAUUUUUUUGCGGAAAAGCAAAAUUUCGUCUUGUGCGUUUUUAUUACUUUUAGGUGGUAAAACCGCUGAAAAUUGUGAUAUUUUAUUGUUAUAAUCUCUUAUAGUGUAAGAUAUAUUACCUUAGAAACAAAUUCAAACGCUAUUUCGAAUACCUGAACUGUUCUUUGCUUUUCGUGACAGAUCGAUUCGGCUUAACGAAGUUACAGGUUAUAGAAAUAGAUAUCUGCUUUAGUUUUAACUCCUGUAAUUUAAAAAUGGAAAACAUGGACGUCGCACAAGAAAGCUCCUCCAUUACGACCACGCCUGUUGGUGAGAAUGGUCCGGACAAAAAUGUUACGGCCGAGGAUAUGACAUCCCGGGAUUACUAUUUUGACUCCUACGCGCAUUUUGGUAUCCACGAGGAAAUGUUGAAAGAUGAGGUUCGAACACUCACGUAUAGAAAUGCUAUGUACCACAAUAAGCAUUUGUUCAAGGGCAAGACAGUUCUGGACAUUGGCUGUGGAACGGGCAUCCUGUCAAUGUUUGCAGCUAAGGCUGGGGCAGCUAAAGUUAUUGCUAUUGAGUGUUCUAACAUUGUAGACUAUGCACGCAAGAUCAUAGAAGCUAAUAGACUUGACGAAAUCAUUGAAAUUGUUAAAGGCAAAGUGGAGGAAGUAGAAUUACCAGUAGAAAAAGUGGAUAUUAUAAUUUCGGAGUGGAUGGGCUACUGCCUCUUCUAUGAGAGCAUGCUGGAUACUGUCCUGUACGCCAGAGAUAAGUGGCUCAAACCUGAUGGCAUGCUGUUCCCUGACAGAUGCACCUUGUUUAUCUGUGGCAUCGAAGAUCGCCAGUACAAGGAUGAGAAAAUCAACUGGUGGGAUGAUGUGUAUGGUUUUGAUAUGUCCUCCAUCAGGAAAGUGGCCAUCUCGGAGCCUCUCGUAGAUGUUGUUGAUGCUAAACAGGUGGUGACGAAUUCUUGUUUAUUGAAGGAAAUAGAUCUGUAUACUGUUAAGAAAGAAGAUCUCAACUUUGAAUCCAAGUUCCAUUUACAGGUACGUCGUAACGACUUCAUUCAGGCUCUAGUGACAUUUUUCAAUGUUGAGUUCACUAAGUCCCACAAGCGACUCGGAUUCAGUACGGCACCCGAGGCGCCUUAUACUCAUUGGAAACAGACAGUCUUCUAUUUUGACGAAUACAUGACCGUUAAAAAGGGAGAGGAGAUCACCGGUACGUUCUCAAUGCGUCAGAACGCGCGCAACAACCGCGAUCUCGAUUUCGAAAUCGAAAUCGACUUCAAGGGCGAGUUAUGCCAAGUUCUGGAGAAGAAUCACUAUCGGAUGCGUUGAAACGUUAGUAGUGUUAUGCCAGUUUGUCCUACAAAUGUGAACGAAGGUAGAUUUAAGUUUUAUGCUAUUGCAAAUUCGAGAUGUCUGUUGCCAAAUCCGUACAUUAAAU